UAUUACCGAACCCAUGCCUUCCUCCUCCACUUCUUCCUCCUCUUCUCCUCCUUCGCUCAGCAACCAAACUCACACUGCCUCAUAUAACAUUUUACGAGUAAUGGGAGUGUUUCACUUGACUGUUCUCAUCGUUUUCCUUGCCGUUACCUCUGCCGUUACUGCCUGUACGCCGUCAGACAAGGCAGCUCUCUUAGCCUUCAAGUCCUCCCUCAACGAGCCCUACUUGUCCAUCUUCGACUCCUGGACAGGCGACAAAUGCUGUGAAAACUGGUACGGCGUCGGCUGCGACCCGACGACUCAGCGAGUCACUGAUAUCUCACUCCGUGGAGAGUCUGAAGACCCCAUUUUAGUCAAAGCUGGACGGCCAGGGUACAUGACCGGCUCCAUUAACCCGGCCAUUUGCCAGCUUGACCAUCUAAGCACUUUAAUUAUCGCUGACUGGAAAGGCAUUUCUGGUGAACUUCCAGGGUGUAUAACUUCCAUUGCCCCGCUCCAUAUUUUGGACGUUGUCGGGAACCAGAUUUCGGGCGGGAUUCCGGCAAAUAUCGGUAACCUUCAGAAACUAGCUAUUUUAAAUUUAGCCGAUAAUGUCAUAUCUGGUCCGAUUCCCGAUUCGUUAGUCCAGCUUUCUAAUUUAAAGCAUCUAGAUCUCACCAACAACCAACUUUCCGGCAAAAUCCCAGUGGAUUUCGGGAAACUUAAAAUGUUAAGCCGUGCUUUACUCAGCCGAAACAAACUGACGGGAACCAUCCCGAGUUCUAUCGGUAACAUGUAUCGGCUUGCGGAUUUAGAUUUAUCCAUGAAUCAAAUCUGGGGUUCGAUACCGGAUGUUUUGGGAAAAAUGAAAGUCCUGUCAACUCUGAAGUUGGAUUGUAACAAGUUAUCGGGUCAAAUACCGGAUGCAUUGUUGAGUAACACCGGCAUGGGUAUCUUGAACUUGAGCCGAAACGCUUUGGAGGGACACAUACCGGACGUUUUCGGAUCAAAAUCGUACUUCAUGGUUUUGGAUUUAUCAUACAACAAUUUGAAAGGACCGAUACCCGGUUCAUUGUCUUCCUCAGUAUAUAUCGGGCAUCUGGAUUUGAGUCACAACCAUCUUUGUGGACCGAUUCCCAUUGGGUCACCGUUCGAUCAGUUCGAAUCGUCAUCGUUUGACAACAAUGAUUGUUUGUGCGGCAACCCAUUGAAGACAUGCUAAUUGUAUCGGAUGAUACCAGUUAAUUGCUAAUCCGAAAUAUCGGGAUGUUUUCUAUGCUAUUGUAAUAUUGAAUGUAAGUGUUCUUAUAAUAUGCCUUCUUUAUUUUA